AUGAGAAAAAAAAUGCCAUUAAAGAAGCUAAAAAUAGAAGAAACUGAUGAAAGAUUAAGUAAACAUUUCCUUAGAUCGUCUAAAGAGAGAGUUAGUUGUAAAAAAGAGAAGAAAUGCUUUGGAUUAAAGGAUUCUUUGUUUGAAUCAGAAAAUAAAUAUCUUGAAUGUGAUUCUAUUUGUAUUGAAAGUGAUUCAGAGGAAGAAAAUUACUGUAGUCGUUUUGUUAGAAGUGUUGGUAAAAGAUCAAGGAAUAUCAUGGCGAUUUUUGAUAGGAUAGAAAAAAAUAAAAUAGAAAAAAAGAGUAAAUAUGAUGAUAUUUUGAUGUGGAAUGAAAAAUACAAACCAUUAACUGUUAAUGAUUUAGCAGUUAAUAAAAAGAAAGUUGCAGAAAUUCGUAAUUGGUUAUCAAUUGCAUUAAAGCAGGAUUUAGAAAAAAAAUUAAUUAUUCUUACGGGACCACCAGGAUCAGGAAAGACAGCUACGAUUAAUGUAUUAUCUCAGGAAAUGGGAUUUGAAAUUUUGGAAUGGCAAAAUCCAAUGACUAUAUUAUCAGAGGAUAUGGAGCUAGAUCAUCUAUCAUUGUUUUCAAAAUUUGAGAAUUUUCUUUUAAUAUCGAAGCAAUAUUCAUCUUUAGAUUUUGAUGGCACAUCCAAUGUUUUUUCUGAUUCUAAGAUUAUUUUGAUUGAAGAUUUACCAAACAUUUAUACAUCGUCUCCUGGCACUCCUGAUAAAGAGCAUGAUUUUCAAUUGGCUAUUCUUCGUUAUAUUUCAUCAUCUAGAAACAAAUAUCCUCUUGUCUUAAUAAUAACAGAAAUGGAUUUUAAAGAAUUUGACGAAACAGAUAAUAAAAGAGUUAAAGGGUUAAGUUUGUAUAGUUUAUUAGGUAGGACUAUUAUUGAAUCUGAAAAAACGGUACAAAUUAGUUUUAAUCCAAUUACAAAAAUAUCUCUUCAAAAAACAAUAAAUAAGAUAAUUGAUAUUGAAUGUCGUUAUUCUCAGAAACCUAGUUUAGAAUUAAUAGAAUCAAUUAUUGAGUCAUCUUGCGGAGAUAUUCGUUCAGCAUUAAAUUCUUUACAAUUUAUUGUAGGAAUAAUUUUAGAGAAUUCAAGCAAAGGUUUUUCUAAAGAGAAAGGCUUACUUAUUAAUUCGAUUAUAAAUCGAGAUAUUACUUUAGGGUUUUUUCAUGCUGUUGGUAAAGUUAUAUACAAUAAGCGUAUUGGGGAUUCUCCGGAGGAUAAAUUUGAACAUUUUUUCCCAAAAAAUUCUUUACCUUUUCAUUUAAAAGUUUAUGAAAGACGAAUAUCAAAGGUCAACCCUGAUAACAUAUUGGACACGAUACCAGUUAGUUAUGAUAUUUAUAUAUUAGCACUUCAUCACAAUUAUUUGGAAUCUUGCAAUGAUAUAAAACAUGUUGAUUUUAUACUUUCUUUUUUAAGUUAUUCUGAUACAAUGCUUUCAGCUAAAGUAUGGCAUUAUUCUUUGCAACAACGGAUGUCUUCCCUUGUAGCUAUUAUGGGCUUAUUAAUAGGUUUACCAUCCCCUGUAAAACGUUCAUUUACAUCAAAAAUAGUAUAUCCUGUUUAUCAAAAAAUCUUACAAGAAAUGAAAUUAAAAAAUGAUUAUUUCAUUGAUUCUAUUUAUAAAAGUUAUUGUAAUUGUUACAAUCUUUACUAUAAUACUAUGAAAUCUUCGAUAUCUAUGAUAACUGAAAUUUUUCCAUAUCAGUCACUUAUUUUAAAAAAAAAAACAUCAUUUUUCGAUAUUCCUGCCUUAAUUGAUAAAGAUGAAUCUCAUAAGUUUUUAUUAUAUGAUAUAAAUGAUGAUAUUGAAUCUUUUGAUUAA